AUGCUGAACACUGCUGGCACUGUGGGUUUCAAUCCAGAUGAUAUCAAAAAUAGGCUGGUUGAUUUUUUUAAAGAAAAGCACACUCGCACGCUCCUAGAGAUUGUUCUUGCGUUUGAUGGGUAUAGCUAUAAACAUCAAAUCGAACCAAUUCUCAGAGAGAUUGCGGAUUUCAACCAUACUACACAAACAUGGACAUUUACACCACUCACACUACAGAGUAGUCCGUUAUCAACAAGUUCGUCAUCAUCGAAUACUCUCAAACAUUCACUCGUUUCUGACCAACCAGAAGGUUCAAACAUCAAGAAACUACGAAACAAUCCAGAGAGCGAUGAUGAAGAAGAGCUGGAUGAUUCUGAUGACGAAGAAAACAAUGAUGACUAUAAGAAUGGUGUUGAUGAAGAGCAAGAAGAAACUGAUGAAAACGACAACAGUGAUGAUGAAAAUGAUGAAGAGGUGCCACCCGAUGAAGUAGAAGAAAUUGAUGAAGACAACAACAUUGCAAUGAUGAAUUAUGUUAUUUCAAAUCCUUCCUAUCAAUCUUGCAAGCAUCAUCAACCCUGUUAUGAUACAAAUGAUGAUAAUGAUGGACAAUUGAAGACAUGA